UGCACUGUGUCCCUCGGACACAGCAGAUCACCGAUCAACGGUAAGAGCCGAAGAUGUCGGCUCGGUCAUCUGAUCAGCUGUGUUCAAUCACAGCUGAUCACAUGGGACAUGGGCACUGAUGAUCAGUGUGGCCCCAGAAGUGCCACCUGUCAGUGCCCAUCAAUGCCACCUGCCAGUGCCCAUCAGUGCCUCAACAAUGACACAUAUCAGUGCCUACCAGUGCACAUCAAUGCUACAUAUCAGUGCCCAUCUGACCUGCCUUUCAGUGUCACCUAUCAGUGCCAGUCAGUGCCACCUAUCAAUGCCAGUCAGUGCCACCUAUCAGUGCUGCCAAUCAGUGUCACCUAUCAGUGCCAGUCAGUGCCGCCUAUCAGUGUGCAUCAA